CCCACUAUUUUCAGAAGCACCCUCAGUGAUUUUGAUCUGGGGGGCGCCAAUCGAAAAUCUCACCUAGGGCGCCAACAGUGCCUGGGCCGGCCCUGGUCACUUCAGCAGGGGUCGGCAACAUAUGGCAAGCGUGCCACCAUUGGCACGUUGAGGGAUAAUCACACGAGCACACGAGCAACAGCCAGUGGAGGACUCAUAGUGAAGAAGACUGCCAAGUUCUCUCCGGUAGAGGAUGCAGCACAAAACUGUACCUUUUUAAUGGACAGGCUGAAUGAGCAUCAUCUCUACCAACCUUGCCUGUACGACGUGGACAUUGUGCUGGAGUGCCAACACAGUACGUUUUCUGCCCACAAGGGUGUGCUAGCUGACCAUAGCCCCUUCUUCCAGGCCCUCUUCUCACUGUACCACAUAAACCUUGCCUUUGAGGUGCUGACUAUCCAGGGCUUGAAUCUCCUUAACUUCAUCUGUACCUCCAGGCUGCUGGUGAGUGACAGCACCAUCUUCUACAUCCUACAAUCCUUCUACAUUGUUCUACAGAUGAGUAAUCUAGCAAGCUCAUGUCACAAGCUCUUCAACAGCCAAUCACUUGCCCCAGAGAUGGCUAACACAGAGGGUGAGGACAAUCAGAUGCAUCGAGAGAUGAAGAUGAAAGAGCUUGAGAAGAUGUACACACAGCAAGGAAAUGGUACUUUUUCAUUGCUUGUAGAGGACAGCAGGACAACACACCUUUCAGUUAAUCCCAGCCAUCAGUCCAAGCACUUCUACAAAAAGGAUGACAGUGGAGGGGGAGGGGCUAGUGGAGGAGGACGGGGCUUAUACACAGUGGAGGGAGGAGCUGGUCUGAAUGAAUCUGGACUCCAGGAUAGUUCGGUCUCCUUUAACAGAGAGCAGAUCAUUGUGGAGGUCAAUCUCAACAACCAAACAUUGAAUGUCUCCAAAGGAUCUGAUGGGAAGGGCAUCACCUCAAGCACCUCUGGCCUCCGUGUCCACCAUCACAGCAACCUUUCUGGUGUGGAGGAGGGCAAGGAACAAAGCAAUAAUGAAGAUGUUGGUGAGGAAGAAGAAGAGUAUGAACCUGAAAAGGAAGAGUUGGAAAAUUGCAGCAAUAAUGAGGAUGGAGAUGAGGAAGAUGAGGAGGACAACAACCUCAACAUUUCAGUUGUGGGACGUACCAGCAUGGAAAGACCACGACGUGCCACACGAAUAUCAACAGGUGUAGAAUCGGCUGUCGCCAUGAAACAGACGCUAAUAGGCUCCACAUUAGCAGAGCGAGUUGAGGGGAGGAAGAGGAGAAAAGAGCAGGAGAGCCUGGGCCAGAAAGUAAAGCUUGAGGAAAAGCAACACUUUUCCUGUAAGAAGUGUCCUCGCAUUUUUAACAACCGCUGGUAUCUGGAGAAGCACAUGAACGUCACUCACAACCGCAUGCAGAUCUGCAACAAAUGCGGCAAACGCUUUUUACUGGAGAGUGAGCUACUACUGCACCAUCAGACCAACUGUGAGAAAAGCAUACAGUGCGUGACCUGUGGGAAAGCCUUUAAAAAGCUUUGGUCUUUACACGAACACAACAAGAUUGUCCAUGGAUAUGCAGAGAAGAGGUUCUCAUGUGAAAUCUGUGAAAAGAAGUUCUACACCAUGGCCCACGUCAGGAAACACAUGGUUGCUCACACUAAGGACAUGCCAUUCACUUGUGAGACAUGUGGAAAGUCCUUCAAACGCAGCAUGUCUCUUAAAGUGCAUUCUCUGCAGCAUUCUGGAGAAAAACCCUUCAAGUGUGAGAACUGUAGUGAAAGGUUCCAGUACAAAUACCAGCUGCGGUCUCAUAUGAGCAUCCAUAUCGGACACAAGCAGUUCAUGUGUCAGUGGUGUGGGAAAGACUUCAACAUGAAGCAGUACUUUGAUGAACACAUGAAGACUCACACUGGAGAGAAACCUUACAUCUGUGAGAUCUGUGGAAAAAGCUUCACGAGCCGACCCAAUAUGAAACGACACCGUCGCACUCACACAGGCGAGAAGCCAUACCCAUGUGACGUUUGCGGCCAGCGAUUCCGCUUCUCCAAUAUGCUUAAAGCACACAAGGAGAAGUGCUUCCAGGUCAACAACCCUAUCGACCCCAACUCUCUAAACCUGGACACCACAUCAGUUGAUAUGGACACACCCGCCAAUCAGAUAGCCAGCCAGCCCAUGACCCCUCCCGGCGAGGCGUCGAGUCUCCACCAGGUCAAGUCCCUCUCACUUCCCUUUGUUCACUCGAUUGUAGGUCUUCCCUCUCCACCACCCCUGUUUUCCACUGAAAAGGUUAACUCCAAUAACUAAGUUUAGGUUUAAGUUUGGAGGUCCUUUGAUUGUUUAUUGUCUGAAACCCAAAGCUUGCAGUAGCUCCACUGAUUCCCUUUGAGCUUUGUGAUUUGCAUCAGAUGUGAGUUGCUUGCACAGGGAUUUCCAAACGUGCUGAGCGAAAUCGAAGACUUUUGGCAGGUGCUUGAACAGUGUGUGACACUAAGUAUUCCUUUAAACUGUGCAAAUGUUCACUUAUAUUAUUCUCAUAGAGAUAUUUUAUAUACUGUUAAAAUAAGCUUCUAGUAUUGCCGAAAGAAAAUGUUCUGAUUAUUUUUGUUGAGUAUGUUGCAUUUUUCUGUGAGCUACAGGAUUAGCAUUAAGCAUUAUAUUUCUGCAUUUUACAGACAUUCAUGUUUUGUCCCUUUUGUCUAACAUAAGUUAAAAUCUUAGUUCACUCAAUAAUGAAAAUUCUACUGUCAUUUACUCACCCUCAUGGUGUUCUAAACCUGAACCGAAUGGAGACUGAAACUAUCUGUCCCUUAUAUUCUAUCAAGCAUCUCCAUUUGUGUUUCACUGAACAAAGAAAUUCAGAGUUUGGAACAACAUAAGGGUGAGUAAAUGAUGACAAAAUUUUCCUUUUUUUGGGUGAACUAUGCCUUUAAGAGUCGAGAUUAGACAUUCAUGCUGAAGAGAGUCAGUGUUGUACAAAUAUGAGAGCUACCGGUACAUUCCUAAUGAGCCCCUAAAGGGUCAAGGUAGUGGGGAAAAAAAUUAGUUGGGUGGGGAAAAAAGAAGCAAUUCCUUUUGCGUUCUCUCACAAAACUUUGCGUUCCCCCGAUAAUUUUUGCGUGCUCUCGCAAAACCUUUGCGUUCUCUUGCAAAUACGUUUGCGUUCUCUCGCAAAAUGUGCAUCAUAAUGACAGUCUUCUGCUAGAUCUCAUGUGUAUUCCAGCAUUAUUCCAGCUUUUGAGUUCAACAAGAAGAGAAAGCCAGUGCAAUGAAAGAGUGAAGCCCAAAAGACAAUACUCAUAAUCUUCAAUUUAUGAAUGUGUGAAAAUAAAGACAACACCAUUAAAAUGACAUUAAAUGCGAGUGGUCUAAUGGAAAUGGAAUGCUGUGGCGCACAAUUGAAUUGCAUAUUAUUAUUGUUUUUGUCGUUGUUGUGAUGGUGUUUCCCUCUCCAUUAAUAAAACAAUAAAAAAUGCUUCAUUAUGUGUGGUGACUGAAGGUUUUGGGCUUUAAAAUAACGGAACUCGGAACUCACUUUUAAAUCAUUCGUAUUUUUGUUUGGAACAACCCUUUAGUUUAGCCACCAUGAUUGCUCUCCCUUCAGAGUGCCCUGUGGAGGCAUCAUUUAUGUGGUUUGGUACGUGUCAGCGUUGAAUGAUUGACUCAUUCAUAACACAAUUGUCGUUGGCGCAUGAUAAAUGGCCACAUAAACAUACAUACAUAUAAAAUAAUAGUUGAUAUUUUAGCAUAUGAUAUUCAAAUUCCAUUAGGCCUGUAGUUUGGGAAAAAAUGCUACAUAUAUUAAAACGGUCAUUUAUUUUAGCAUUUUCUUUUUAAAUAUUGCGUUUUGAAUUGCAUUCAAAUCAUAUAUUUUCUGUUUUGUUUGUUUUGCAUUGCCAUAUAUCAGAUUUAUAUAUGAUGUAAUGAUGCAAUACAGAAAGGAGUCACUGUAUCUUCUCACUCUUUACAUAUUUACAAGAUACAGAUUUCCACAAAAAGUAGGCACCGGCACCUGUCACCUCGACUUAUCGCUCAUAAAUGCAAUAGCCUGCAGAGCAUUCAGGAGAGGGAAUGCAUAUACGAGAGCACGAGUUUUGCGAGAGAAUGCAUAGUUUUGCGAGAGGACACAAAAUAAUUUGUGAGAGAACGCAUAGUUUCUCAGGGGAACGCAAAAGUUUUGCGAGUGCGCGCAAAGUUUUUUGGGGGAAUGCAAAGUUUUGCGAGAUAACGCAAAAGCAUUUGCUUAUUUUUUUCCCAUGCCACAAAUUUUUUACACACCACCUUGGCCCUUUAGGGGCUCCAUACAUUCCCACUUGCCAACACAAGAUAAACAAAUACUGAGCUGUAACAGCAGAGGGCGCUGUAAGACGUGACAGUUGCAAAGUAACUUUUCAGCCAAUAAAAAUGUAGCAGCUAUAUUUCCCUGCCAUAACCAAAUCCACAUUAAUUGCAGUAACCAAACCCAUUUAGCUUUAUGUAUAAUCACUCCAGCACCUUAUUUUAAACCGUUGAUGUAUUGUAUUUAUAUUGUCCUGUCUAAUUUGUAUUCUGACAAUUUGUUAAAGUUUUGCCACAUUUGCCGGGGUAUCUUUGUAUAUUUGCAGAGUUGUGAAGAAUCUGUGCAGGGCACAGGUUGUCAAGUUGGUUUGUGUCAAAGGUUUUAUGUAGCAGAGGCAUUUGAAAAUACUUUUAGACUCUUAAAAAAAAACAUGUUAUCAUUUUAAAAAAUUCCAAAGAAGGAUGUUUUGCAUUUUUGUUUUUCUCUCUAAUUUUUUAAAAGUUGCAGAGCACUUUAAUGUCAGUUUUGGCCAUAUAGAGCAUGUACAGUAAUGGCAAAAAUCUGAAAUGCCUAAACCACUUUUGAAGAAUUUAGAGUGAAACGGAGUGUGUUUUGUUUGCACGGAGACAGUGUUUGGUUCCAAUAUUUUUUUUUUUUUUUUUGGAAAACAUUUGUUGAAUGUCUUAAAUGCUUUAUGGUACAACAUACAUUUCCAAACACGUUUAUCAACUUUUUUCAAUGAUUUUAUUUUUUUGUCACAUAUAUUCAGUCACUGUUACAUGAUGUUUUUACAUGACAUCAGACUUGGGUAUGUGAAUAACUUAAAUAACUAGAUUAGUCAAAUGAUGGAAAAUGUAGCCCUGUAAUGUCAUAUUUAAUAUUAUAGUUUUUUUGCCCUAAUAUAAUAAUUAUACUAUAAUUAUAACUAUUAGACUUAGAUGUCUGCAAAAAAGGUAAAACCAAGUCAAGAAAGGAAUAGCCCUGUUUUUAUGAUAAAUGUUGGCCUGCCGUGCACUUUGGUCUUGUGAGACUCUUGUACGCUAUAAAAAUGGCCUUGUUGAGAGGCCACUUAGAAUCUGAACAGACUGGAGAUACCAGAGAUUUUAUAGAAAAUAUGUACAAUUAAUUACCCUGUAUCAGAGAAAAAUAGUUAAACACUUGUAACAUUUCUUGGAGCAGGAAAAUGUAGUAACUAUAGUAGGUAUUACCUAAUAUAUACACAUAUAUACAGUAUAAAUAUAGUCUGUAAAUAUAUUAUAUAGCUAUUGUAAGUUUCUGUUGAAUCUCUUUUUCUUGUUUACGUUCUUCAUAGAGUCAAAUAAAUGUGAUGAGAUAUGGAGUAUGGAAUUAAUGAAAGAACUUGCAAGAUGGAAAGAAGCUUUUAUAUCAGUAAUAAGCUCUAAAAGUUUACCUUGCAUCUUUAAUCUAACUUGUACGCUUUACCUUACGUUGCUCACAUUACAACAGCCAUGUUCCUCCUGAGAUAAGAACUUUCUCAGGUAAUGUCAAAAGGUUUUAAUUGGCCCAGUCGAAUAGCCAGUUAAAGUAAUAUUCCGGGUUCAAUAAGAGUUAAGCUCAAUCGACAGCAUUUGUGGGGUAAUAUUGAUUACCACAAAUUUAUUUUGACUUGCCCCUGCUUUUCUUGAGGCACUUACAAUGGAUGUGAAUGGGGCCAAUCUGUAAACAUUAAAAUACUCACUUUUUCAAAAGUGUUUCUAAAAGUUGGUCAAUUUGUUUUAUCUGCUAACUUUUAAAAGACAUAUUAAGACAAUGGAAGACAGUUUGGUGGUCAUAACUAGCAGUGGGGUCACUAUGACAAACAUGCCUUAAGUGUUUAAGGGAAUAGAGCUGCCAUGAUUAUGAAUGUGUUGAUUAAAAUGUAUUCAGUGAAUUGAAUGCAAAAGAUAAUGUUGAUGCUACUGAUCUGAGCACUUUAGCAGAGAGCAUCACCAGGAUGAGUCAUGGGCGUUUUCACACUUAGUUCGUUUGAAUACUCCAAACGGUCUCAGAGCGAUAUAACAUGUAUAUGUGAACAACCCAAAUGAUCUCAGACCCCACCCCCAAAAGGUCCCAUAAACGAACCGAUCUCAGACCACCUGUUCUGAUCUGAGUACGGUUAGUUUGCGGGUCCUUUUGUGGGUCGAUUGAUUGUUGCUAUGUGAAGGCGAAGAGGUACCAGUCCGUUUUGUUUUUUGUUAUGUCAUAAGUACCUCGAGGCUUGCCAUUCAGCUGCAUUAUAUAAUCGCCUUAUCAAGAUUAUUUUAUCUAACUGUGAUUAUUGUGAACUUUAAAUUGCACUCACAUUUUACUGUCCAAAUAAGCGAAUUUUAAGCGAAUAUAGAAAUACCAUGACUACCAUGGCCGCGUUGUUAUCUGAGCACUCCAAAUGAAACCGGCCGCAGUCAGAGCAGCUUCUGAAGAGUGCGUGAAGAUUAACUGCUUUGAAGUGUUGUGAUGCGCAUGCCGUUUGCUGAAGUUCGCACCAAACUCCCACGAAAAUACAAUCUAUUUUGAUAGUGAAAGCAAAGCUCUCCGUUUCACUUUAAUUUAAUGUUUGCAUAAUGGCUAAUGAUUUGGGUUCAUUAAUAUAAGCAGUGUUAAUGACACGCAGGAGGAGACGCCCGCUUUAUUUCUGUUGAGAAACAUAUUUUCAAAUAGUCAUAGAAUUUCGUUUCAUUUUCCUUCAUGAGAAACAAGGGUUUGUGGGUUUAAUCGGAAACCCUUAACAUAAUGUGAAAGUAAAGAAUUUAGGACAGAAAUAUAUUACUAUUGCAUAAUGUUAAUAGAAUAGAUUAGAAUAGAAUUGGCUGGGUUGUCUGGGUUAUAUUAUAAACUGUGUAAAUGUAAAGUUAACCAAAAAGAGGGACAUGUUUUAAGUAUUUGGAAAUAUUUGAACAUUGAAAAUAUAAUUUUUUAUAUCAUUCUAUUCCUGUGCAAUAUUUUAAGUUGUUAAAGCCUUAAAGGAAAUCAUAUAGCCCUAUUAUGUGAUUCCAAGUUAUAUACAUUACUACUUAAGGUGAAUGUGUAUUCAGCAAACAUACACCUUAAGAAGUGACAAUUUAUCAUCAUAAUCACAAUUAUAUGUAUGCCAGUUUAUUGUUAGCCAAAUGACAUACAGUAAUCGUGACUGCCAUGGGGUCUGAGUUCUGAAGGAAUUGUGGUAUGAACCACAUCAAUGCAAAAAGGACCAAAAAUGAAACUAGGUCCUCUUUUAAGUCCACUUACAUUGUGAACACCAAAAGCACUGAGGUCAUUUGCAGCUGGUUCCCUUUUUGGUUCACUUUAACUGAAUUGGGUUUGGUUCAUUUUAAACAGACUAUAUGUGAAACCACCAAGAGAUCUUUAAUGAGGAAUGAUGUAUUUUUUAUUUCUUGGUAGAGUAUCUUAAUUAUGUGCCAGAUGAUGAUUGUGUAAACCUUUUAUCGCUGAAAUUUUUGCCACGGAUUGAAUCCUGUUGUCAGUUUAUAUAUACAUAUAUACAGUAUAUAUACAGUGUGUGUGUGUGUGUGUGUGUAUAUAUAUAUAUAUAUAUAUAUAUAUAUAUAUAUAUAUAUAUAUAUAUAUAUACACACUCACACACAGUGUAUAUAUACAGUACUGUGCAAAGGUUUUAGGCACUUCUGAAAAAUGUUGCAUAGUGAGGAUGUCUUCAAAAAUAAUAACAUAAAUAGUUUUCAUUUAUCACUUAAUGUCAUACAAAGUCCAGUAAACAUGAAAAAGCUAAAUUAAUAUUCGGUGUGACCACCUUUGCCUUUAAAACAACACCAAUUCUCCUAGGUACACCAGGACACAGUUUUUCUUGGUUGUUGGCAGAUAAAAUGUUCCAAGCUUCUUGGAGAAUUCACCACAGUUCUUCUAUCUAUUUAGGCUGUCUCAAUUGCUUCUGUCUCUUUAUGUAAUCCCAGAUUGACACAAUGUUUAGUGGGGGGCUGUUGCAGGGCUCCCUGUUCUUCUAUUCUAAUCUUUUCUAUUUGCAAUAGUAAUGUUUUGGAGUCUAACAUUUAUAUUUCCUAUUGACACACUAAAGCUGAAGAUAUAAAUAACCAUCUUAAGACAAAUACUUUUGUGAAACAUCUUAAGUGCCUAAGACUUUUGCACAGUACUGUAUGUAUAUAAUAUUUUUAAUGGAAUAUCCUACCUGUUGCACCUUACAUCCUGCUCACUUUAGUACAAUCUUGACUUUUUUGCAUCCGUAUUUAGUGAUUGUUAAUAUAUUUAAAUGUGUUGCAACUUUGUUUUAUCUUUAUAUUUUAAAAAUACAUAAAGAACCCCUUUAAAGCUUAAGCUUUAAGGCUUUGAAAUGUGUUAGUGUAUUACUGAAUUGAAAAUGUAAACACUUCUCCAGAACGUGUUAGGAUACACAUUGCACUUACUUUAUAGUCAGAAUGUCCUUUUUCACUUUUCCUCUUUACUUUCCUUAACAUAAAAAGCAAUACUUCUGAAGAACUUAAUUCAGUCUUUAGCCACCAUUUGCCCAUCUUUUCAUUUAUCUUUUUUUCUCUCUCUCUCUCUCUCUCUCUCUCUCUCUUUUAAGUCUUAUUAUCUUUACUGACAAAGUGUGGAGCUAAAUUGCACAAAGGUACAUACUGGUUACCUCCAUCUCUGGAGAUAUUGUGGUUCAUGUAAAUGGCUAUAGAGGAGCUAAAUGUUUUGAUUUGGUGCAUUUAGAAGAUGUUUGUGAAGCAGAAUAAAAGGUGGAAGUCUUAAGUUGUACUAUUUUAUGUUAUAGUGUGUAUUCCUGGUUUGCUGCUCAUUGAGGAAAAAAAUGGGAUGCUUGUGGCCUUCUUAUUUUCUUACUUUAAAUACAUUUCUUUAAAUGAUUUUGAAUAGAGGUUAAGCUUUGUAUUAAGAAGGAGAUUUGUCUGUUUGUUCUAGUGUGUGCUAUCCUUUGUAAUAGGUUAAACAUUAAGUAAGAGAGAAAGAUAAUAAUGAUUUGCACUUUGGAGCUUGGAGAGUUGAUUUUGUCUUAUUGUCUGUGUUUAAUUUUUGUAAAAAUCACUCACCACUUAUUAUCUUCUAAAUAAAUUUUAAAACCAAAUUAAAAUAUGUAAUCACUUUUUUCCUAAACUAGCAGUUAACAUAAUACCUUAACUUACCCAUACUUUCAACGUGUUAAAUCAAUCAUAAGUGUGGCUGUUCCUACAUUUUAAUUCUAUACAUUAGUAUGUAAACUCAAUGUCUAAGUUAACAUUUUUGUACAAAGACAACAUGCAGACAGUAGUCGUGCUGGUUCUGUCAACAGCAUACUAAAACAAUACAAAGACUAGAGUCUAGCGGUGCUAAUAACAUGCUGUAUUUUAUGUCAUUUAUUGUACCAGAUAGUAUUUAUUGUCUGUACCAAAACAAAAUAAAAGUAUAAUUUCUAUAGUGAACUAAUUUAAAUAUCACUCAAAAAAAAUUUGUGUUGUUUUUUUUAAAGCAAAUGUUUCUGUCAUACUGUUUGAAUUAUACAGAAUAAAACAGAAAUGAUAUAUUAACAAUAUGUUGAAAACAAUAACAUUGUACACAUUGUAACACUAGAAGCUGCUGGAAAAAGAAAGUAAAGCAAUUUACAAAUAUCUGAUGUUCAUGUCUUUUCAACUGAUUGUUGAUUCAUAAAGAG